CAGGGUGGAGGGUGAUCUCGCGAUCGCUUCCGGGAAGAGGCUCUUUGGCUUCUCGAGGCGCUCUUCCGCUGGAGGAGGGGCCCAUGAGCGCCUGCGGGGAUGGACGAGGACGGGCUGCCACUCGUGGGUUCGGGCAUCGACCUCACCAAGGUUCCAGCCAUUCAACAGAAGAGAACAGUGGCGUUUCUAAACCAAUUUGUGGUUCACACAGUUCAAUUCCUUAAUCGAUUUUCCACAGUUUGUGAGGAGAAAUUGUCAGCACUUUCCCUCCGUAUUCAGCAAAUUGAAACUACACUCAAUAUUCUGGAUGCAAAGCUGUCUUCUAUCCCAGGCUUAGAAGAUGUCAAGCUUGAAGUAUCCAGCACCAGCGACAACAAUAUUACAAAUGGCCCUGUCUCACAACUCCCUAUAGAUCCACAGUCAACAAACGUUUCACCUCAUUCAGAGGGUAAUUCACCUGAAGCUGGACAACAGAAGACAGAAGAAGACACAAAAAAUAUCACAACUGUAGCAAAGGAUCCCCGCUAUGCCAGAUAUCUCAAAAUGGUUCAAGUGGGUGUUCCUGUAAUGGCCAUAAGAAACAAAAUGAUCUCUGAGGGGUUAAAUCCAGAUCUCCUUGACACACCAGAUGCUGCAGUGCCUGGUUGGGAAGAUGAAGCAAACGCAGAGGAAUCCUCUGACAGCGAAUGCUCCUUUAGUGACUAGAGGCUUUGGGAUAUGGGGUUUUGUAGGGUGUGUGCAUCCAUGAUUUUUCUUCAGAGGCCCUUCUCAAACUUCAUUUGUGAGUACUUAAUCUGAAGGAUUGCCAGGUGGCUUAAUCCAGAUCAAGUAUUCUUUAAGAAAGAAUAAUGUUGCACUGGGAUCUUCUCAUUGUCUUCCAGAGAGUUUUAAAUGGAGGCCCCAGUCACUGCUAAAGGGAGGCUGGCAGGAUGUGCACUGAAAUUCACUGUGUGGUGGCCUUUACUUAGAUUGUGGUUGUUCCAAGAAAGCUCAGGGUGAAGUUAAGGUGUGAGAGGGACUCAUAUUCAUGUGUAUUCUGUCACUCAGACCAUUCUUUGGGCAAAACCUUGUAAAUUACCUCAAAAUGUUUUGGCUUUCCCCUCCAUAUGGCUAACUAAAUGCUAUGUAUUAUUU